UUUUUUUUUUUUUUUCUCUAACCGGAAUAAGACUUUUUUUUCUUUUUGUUUUCUGUAUGGUUGGUCAUGCAAAUACUGCACAUUGAGGAGUUCUCCUUUUGUUUGACGGUUUCCUUUAGAUUUGAAGGGCCUAGUUUAGUUUGAAGAAUUCCCUUAAACUGAUUUGGAGUCCUUGGGGCCAUUUAUUAAGAACACCGGAUUUGAUUGUAAGCAACCAGAUCACACCGUAGCCUCAAAGAGAUGUAUUCAGUGUGGAAUUCUGUCCUUUCCUGGGUUUUGUUCUGUUUGUUUAGCUCAAUAACAAUGGAAGAUACACGACCUAUAGUCAUAGAGGAACCAACAACAACAACAACAACAACAAACCAGGAGGGAUCGUGUGUCACAAUUAAAUGCAAAUAUAAAUAUCAGAAGGAACUGAAACUGUUGUGGAUUAAAGAUCCUAAGUGGAUUGAAAAAGAAAAGAGAUAUGAUGGAAUUAUUGUAUAUAGUAAUACAGAUGAGCGGCCACAGGUGGCUGAGUACUCUAACAGAGUGGAAUUUUUUAAUGAUCAGAGCAGUCAAUGGACCAAUUGCACAAUAAAAAUUCAGGAUCUUAAAAAGAAUGACAGUGGAAACUAUACAUUUAGGUACAUAGGAUCAGACAAAUAUAUAAGUAAUACAUUUCUUCUCACAGUCGUGGGUGAGUCAUAUGAACUCUGUUAUCUAAUUCUUAAUUCUGUCUUAAUUUUAAAUGAAUUGGAUUACAAUCCAUCCAUUUUGUUAAUUUAUAUUGUAGACAAUCCCUGCAAGGUCCACAUUAAGCCAGCAAAUCUGAACAAGUCACUCAAAGAAGGAGACAGAGUGAGUCUUCAAUGUGCAACAUCAGCAGCCUGUGAGUUUCAUCCUUUAUGGCAAUCGUCUGGCUCAAGUGAGAUUCUCAAAAGUGAGCAAAGUAAAGAUGAGGUGGAAAAACGCAGUGAGCUGCAUUUGACCGUGAACUGGACAGAUGAUGGGAGAACUUUGACAUGUCGUCCUUCUAGAAGUAAUGACAACUGUCUGGAGAGGAGGGUUACACUGAGAGUGGAAUAUGCACCCAAAGAAACAAAAGUGAUUGAGAGCUCAAGCUCUAAGGACGUGAAAGAAGGAGAACAAGUGACAAUUUCAUGCUCCAGCAAGGCCCGCCCUAACGCUAACUUCACAUGGAUUAAACAUCAAAGCUCUUUUUCCCGGCAUGGACAAAAUCUUACUUUAUAUAAUAUGAAACCAGAAGAUGAAGGCAAAUUCUACUGUCUGGCUAACAAUGAACAUGGAAGUGAAAAGUCAAAUGACAUAAAAAUCAAAGUUAUUUAUGCUCCAAAAGGUGUCGAUAUCGAUCCUAAAUUAGCUGAACUCAAAGAAGGGGACAGGCUUACACUCACGUGUCUGGUGCAAAACAGCAAUCCAGAAGUUGACAUGCAGUCCUACAGAUGGUACAAAGAUGGUCAAGAGAUUAAUCAACAAACAAUGAAUACAUUCACUGUGCCAAGUGUAAGACAGCGUGAUAAAGGAGUGUAUCAGUGUCAGGCCAGAAAUUCAGUAGGAGAGACCAUGUCUACCCACAUUACCCAAGUAUCUGUGAAGUAUACUCCACAAAACACAUUCAUUGAUGGCACAAGUGGAAUAAAGUUGGGGUUUGAACUUAACCUUAAAUGCGUUACUGAGGCUGAACCUGUUCCUCACACAUAUUCCUGGUAUUUUAAACCAGAACAUGAACAGCAGUUUGUCACCCUUUCACACACGGAUGAGAUGUACCGGAUUGAGAAAGUGGCUGUUAGUAAUGCUGGGUUGUAUAAGUGCAGUGCGCAGAACGAUGUAGGUAAAGGAGCAAACUCUACUGAAAAAAAUGUUCUUGUGUUCUAUGCUCCAAAAGGUGUCGAUAUCAAUCCUAAAUUAGCUGAACUCAAAGAAGGGGACAGGCUUACACUCACGUGUCUGGUGCAAAACAGCAAUCCAGAAGUUGACAUGCAGUCCUACAGAUGGUACAAAGAUGGUCAAGAGAUUAAUCAACAAACAAUGAAUACAUUCACUGUGCCAAGUGUAAGACAGCGUGAUAAAGGAGUGUAUCAGUGUCAGGCCAGAAAUUCAGUAGGAGAGACCAUGUCUACAAACAUUACCCAAGUAUCUGUGAAGUAUCAUCCACAAAACACAUUCAUUGACGGCACAAGUGGAAUUAAGUUGGGGUUUGAACUUAACCUUAAAUGCGUUACUGAGGCUGAACCUGUUCCUCACAAAUAUUCCUGGUAUUUUAAACCAGAACAUGAACAGCAGUUUGUCACCCUUUCACACACGGAUGAGAUGUACCGGAUUGAGAAAGUGGCUGUUAGUAAUGCUGGGUUGUAUAAGUGCAGUGCGCAGAACGAUGUAGGUAAAGGAGCAAACUCUACUGAAAAAAAUGUUUUUGUGUUCUAUCCCCCCAAAACACCAAAUCUGACCAUGAAAGAAGUUGUAAAGGAAGAAGAAUUAUAUACUAUAACAUGCACUGUAGAAAGCUCACCCCAGGCGAAUCUCACGCUAAGUAGAUCCUCUCUGACAAACCCAGAAAAAGACAUAAUCACAGUCCAGUAUGUUCAGUCCAACAUACUCAAAUUUGCUGCCAAUGCGACCGUGUCAGAUGCAGGUAUGUACACCUGCGAAGCGGAAAACACAGAGGGAAAAAACUUCUCAAAAAAUCAGCUGAAAGUUUUGUAUGCUCCAAAAGGUGUCGAUAUCAAUCCUAAAUUAGCUGAACUCAAAGAAGGGGACAGGCUUACACUCACGUGUCUGGUGCAAAACAGCAAUCCAGAAGUUGACAUGCAGUCCUACAGAUGGUACAAAGAUGGUCAAGAGAUUAAUCAACAAACAAUGAAUACAUUCACUGUGCCAAGUGUAAGACAGCGUGAUAAAGGAGUGUAUCAGUGUCAGGCCAGAAAUUCAGUAGGAGAGACCAUGUCUACAAACAUUACCCAAGUAUCUGUGAAGUAUCAUCCACAAAACACAUUCAUUGACGGCAGAAGUGGAAUAAAAUUGGGGUUUGAACUUAACCUUAAAUGCGUUACUGAGGCCGAUCCUCUUCCUCACACAUAUUCCUGGUAUUUUAAACCAGAACAUGAACAGCAGUUUGUCACCCUUUCACACACGGAUGAGAUGUACCGGAUUGAGAAAGUGGCUGUUAGUAAUGCUGGGUUGUAUAAGUGCAGUGCGCAGAACGAUGUAGGUAAAGGAGCAAACUCUACUGAAAAAAAUGUUUUUGUGUUCUAUCCUCCCAAAACACCAAAUCUGACCAUGAAAGAUGUUGUAAAGGAAGAAGAAUUAUAUACUAUAACAUGCACUGUAGAAAGCUCACCCCAGGCAACGCUCACACUAAGCAGAUCCUCUCUGACAAACCCAGAAAAAGACAUAAUCACAGUUCAGUAUGUUCAGUCCAACAUACUCAAAUUUGCUGCCAAUGCAACCGUGUCAGAUGCAGGUAUGUACACCUGCGAAGCGGAAAACACAGAGGGAAAAACCUUCUCAAAAAAUCAGCUGAAAGUUUUGUAUGCCCCUAAAAAUGUUACUGCAUUAGCAGAUCCUGGUGUAGAGCUAAAGGAAGGCUCUAACCUGACACUCACCUGUAAAGCUGAUUCUGUACCCGAGGUGUCUGCUUACACAUGGAAGAAAUCUUCUGCGACACACUCAGAGACAGUGGGGCAUGGACAGAAAAUAACACUCCAUUUCCUGAAGAGCUCUGACUCUGACCAUUACUUCUGUAUCUCCAGAAAUGAAAUUGGCAGUGUUAAGUCCUCAUCAAUAUAUAUCAGAGUCAAGUAUCAGCCACGCAUAACACUUAUCCACAACAUGACAUCACUGGGUCUAUGGGAAAAGGCGGUACCAAUCCACCUGAGUUGCAAUGUUCAGUGUGAUCCACCAGCCACUUUCUUUGCAUGGUACAAGAUGGAGGAAAACACCACUGUCUUGUCAAAUAAUUUGAACUACACAGUUGAACCACAAAACCCAGGAACGUACUACUGCUACGCACGCAAUGAAGAAGGGGAAUCAAGAUCUGAACCAGUCAAAAUAUUUCUUAAUCAUUUCAUUAUUAAACAGCUCGUUCAGGUCAUCAUCUCCUUACUGGUCAUCGUGUUUCUGAUUGGUGUCAUGUUUCUGAUACGGAGAAUCAUCCUGAGAAAAAGAUCAGCCCAACGGUCAUUUUUCUUCUCCGCAGCUCCAUUAUGUUUUUUAUCAAACUUGGGUUCAUCGGACUCAUGUAAUAACACUAGGGAGAACCUGGUGAUAGAGGGAUCUACAGAGCUCUCCAGCUUCAGAGAUAAUCAUUCAGUCUCUGCUGUUCAAUCAAAUCCUCCAGCCAACAGGAAUAUACAAGCAGGAAGGCCAAAUUCUAACAUUCUAUCCAAGCAGAAACAGCAUCAUACAGAAGAGGAUUUAACCAUGACCACUGUGAAUUAUGCUAUGCUGCAGUUCAUGGACAACAACAAUCCAAAUAAAAGUGUACCGAGCCAUGACAGUUCUGGUCCAGUCUAUGCUGACGUUUCAAAAAAUAAACAAAUGGCAAAGAAACCACAAGAUGGUCAUGAACAUUAUGAAAACGUCUCGGGUGUGUGCUGCGAAGCGGCCAUUUCCAAACAUAAACUGGAUCUCGGACAGCAAUGAAUCAGAAGAAGGGGUGAAUUACACUAAAGUGUAAUUCACUGUAACAGCACACCACAAUACACAGAUGGAUGUAUUGAGUUCAGAUGAGGAAGACAAAACUGAAUACUCUGUGGUCAAAAUUUAGGGUUAGAACAAUUAUGUUUAUGCGUUUAUAUAAAGCUUCUUGUACUUUAUGCAGUAAACUGCUUUAAAACAUUGCUCUCUAAAAUGUUUCUGCUAAAUCAGAGCACUGUUCUGUGGUUAUUAUGUGUGGCAGACUGGGAAAAGCCAUUUCAUGUAAAUGUCUCUGAAUAUACUAAAUGUCCUACUUUAAGAAAAUAUGAAUAUAUAUUUACCAAUAUGACAUGGAAAUGUUUAAUUUGGACAACUUUUCUAAACUUGCCUUGGUUGUCUGGAGAGCUCAUGUGUAAGGAGCCAGUUUAAUAAAGGCAGUGGUAAAAACAGUCAGUCUGCUUAAAGAUGUCCAAAACCUUGCUAGUUAAUGACUACAUAUUGAAAUCUGUUGGGGGGGGGGGGGGGGGGGGGGAUUAGGGGUUUCAUUCUUUCUUUUUGGUCACCUGAUGUUAUCUGUUUAUAGAAGAUGCAGAGGACCACUCUUAUUAUUAUUUAGGCACUGAUAAAUAAAAACAUAAAAUUGAAGGCAGGUGUGCUUUCUUUUCCCCCAUGAUUGUAUAUUUAGAUUUUUAGCUUUUGACUGUUGUAUAAGUAUUAUAUAUGGGCUGAAUUUUUGUCUAUCUUUGUGCAGAUAUUCUAUAAACAGAAAUUAGUCUCAAGUGGGAUUGUGAUUAAUAAUUUUAAAAUAAAAGGAAAUAAUAAUGUGUGUGUGAUUACGUAGAUCAGAAUGUACUACUCUCCAGGGUUGUGCUUUGUUUUUACAUUUACAUUUACAUUUAGCAGACACUGUUUUCCCAAGCAGCUUACAACUGAGGAAAUACAAGCAAAGCGAUAUAUCAAGCGGAGAACAAUACCAGUAGUGCUACCAUACAAGAUUUAUAAUUGUGUUCCAGAGAAGCAAAGUGUGCAGAGUAGAGGUGUAAGAGCCAGUGUAAGGGUUUUUUGGGUUAUUUUUAAAUAAUAUAGGUUGACAUUUAUAUUUCUCCGAAGAACGUCGUAACCACUUUCCUUGGCUGUGUUCAUUAUUUCAUUGUGUGUGCUGCUACAUUGCACCUCAAGCUGGUGUUUACCUUUUGUUCUUCGACAUAUUUCCUGGUCGCUCCCCCUUUUUUUAUAUAUAGUUUUAUCUGUCUGUCUGCUCUACAUUAAUAAAAAAUCAACUUCUGAUAUCCAUGUCUGCCUGUGGUCUAACCCCUGAUAUGGACCAUCACCAUGAUUCUUAUAUAUGCACUGCAAGCAUCUACAUGUUUGACAUGGACGUGGUGGUA